AUGGAGACCGUCAAGCAAGCCGCCAACUACGUCGCUGAGACCAUCCAAGGCACUGGUGCCGAGGCUUCCAAGGAGGCCAACAAGGGCGUCGCUAAGAACAGCGAUGCCAGCAUUUCCACUCGCGCCACCGCUGCUAAGGAUGCCCUCGUCGACAAGAAGGAUGAAGUCUCCCACGACCUCAAGGCCGACGUCCACAAGGAGGCUGCUAAGAACUAG